UGCGGAAUACGGAAACUACAGCCAUGACCACCCACGUCACCCUGGAAGAUGCCCUGUCCAACGUGGACCUGCUGGAAGAGCUGCCCCUCCCUGACCAGCAGCCAUGCAUCGAGCCUCCGCCUUCCUCCAUCAUGUACCAGGCCAACUUUGACACGAACUUCGAGGACAGGAAUGCAUUUGUCACAGGCAUUGCAAGGUACAUCGAACAGGCUACGGUCCACUCCAGCAUGAAUGAAAUGCUGGAGGAAGGACACGAGUAUGCGGUCAUGCUGUACACCUGGCGCAGCUGUUCCCGGGCCAUCCCCCAGGUGAAAUGCAACGAGCAGCCCAACCGUGUGGAGAUAUACGAGAAGACGGUGGAGGUGCUGGAGCCGGAGGUCACCAAGCUCAUGAAGUUCAUGUACUUCCAGCGCAAGGCCAUCGAGCGGUUCUGCAGCGAGGUGAAGCGGCUGUGCCACGCCGAGCGGAGGAAGGACUUUGUCUCCGAGGCCUACCUCCUGACGCUGGGCAAGUUCAUCAACAUGUUCGCGGUCCUGGACGAGCUGAAGAACAUGAAGUGCAGCGUCAAGAACGACCACUCUGCCUACAAGAGGGCAGCGCAGUUCCUGAGGAAGAUGGCGGACCCCCAGUCUAUCCAGGAGUCGCAGAACCUCUCCAUGUUCCUGGCCAACCACAACAGGAUCACCCAGUGUCUCCAUCAGCAACUGGAAGUGAUCCCAGGCUACGAGGAGCUGCUGGCGGACAUCGUCAACAUCUGCGUGGAUUACUACGAGAACAAGAUGUAUCUGACCCCCAGCGAGAAGCACAUGCUCCUCAAGGUGAUGGGUUUUGGUCUCUACCUGAUGGAUGGAAAUGUCAGUAACAUCUACAAACUGGAUGCCAAGAAGAGAAUCAACCUCAGUAAAAUCGAUAAAUUCUUUAAGCAGCUGCAGGUGGUGCCCCUAUUCGGCGACAUGCAGAUAGAGCUGGCCAGAUACAUUAAGACCAGUGCUCACUAUGAAGAGAACAAGUCCAAGUGGACCUGCACCCAGAGCAGCAUCAGCCCCCAGUACAAUAUCUGCGAGCAGAUGGUUCAGAUCCGAGAUGACCACAUCCGCUUCAUCUCCGAACUCGCUCGCUACAGCAACAGUGAGGUGGUGACGGGCUCGGGGCUGGACAGCCAGAAGUCCGAUGAGGAAUACCGCGAGCUCUUUGACCUGGCCCUGCGGGGCCUGCAGCUCUUAUCCAAGUGGAGCGCCCACGUCAUGGAGGUGUAUUCCUGGAAGCUGGUUCACCCCACCGACAAGUUCUGUAACAAGGACUGCCCGGGCACGGCCGAGGAGUAUGAGAGAGCCACACGCUACAACUACACCAGUGAGGAGAAGUUCGCCUUUGUGGAGGUGAUCGCCAUGAUCAAAGGCCUGCAGGUGCUCAUGGGCAGGAUGGAAAGCGUCUUCAACCAGGCCAUCAGGAACACCAUCUAUGCGGCCUUGCAGGACUUUGCCCAGGUGACGCUGCGCGAGCCCCUGAGGCAGGCGGUGCGGAAGAAGAAGAACGUUCUUAUCAGUGUCCUGCAGGCAAUUCGGAAGACCAUCUGUGACUGGGAGGGUGGCCGAGAGCCCCCCAACGACCCAUGCCUGAGAGGGGAGAAGGAUCCCAAAGGUGGAUUUGACAUCAAGGUGCCCCGGCGUGCUGUGGGGCCCUCCAGCACACAGGCCUGCCAGUGGUCCCCGCGGGCUUUGUUUCACCCCACUGGUGGCACACAGGGCCGAAGAGGCUGCCGAUCCCUGCUGUACAUGGUGCGGACCAUGCUCGAGUCGCUCAUUGCAGACAAGAGCGGCUCCAAGAAGACCCUGAGGAGCAGCCUGGACGGCCCCAUUGUCCUCGCCAUAGAGGACUUCCACAAGCAGUCCUUCUUCUUCACGCACCUGCUCAACAUCAGUGAAGCCCUGCAGCAGUGCUGUGACCUCUCCCAGCUCUGGUUCCGAGAGUUCUUCCUGGAGCUGACCAUGGGCCGGCGGAUCCAGUUUCCCAUUGAGAUGUCCAUGCCCUGGAUCCUGACAGACCAUAUCCUGGAAACCAAAGAACCUUCCAUGAUGGAGUACGUCCUCUACCCGUUGGACCUGUACAAUGACAGUGCCUACUACGCUCUGACCAAGUUCAAAAAGCAGUUCCUGUAUGAUGAGAUUGAAGCCGAGGUGAACCUGUGUUUUGAUCAAUUUGUCUAUAAGCUGGCGGAUCAGAUCUUCGCUUACUACAAAGCCAUGGCCGGCAGUGUCCUGUUGGAUAAACGUUUUAGAGCCGAAUGUAAGAACUAUGGAGUCAUCAUUCCGUACCCGCCGUCCAACCGCUACGAGACGCUGCUGAAACAGAGACACGUCCAGCUCUUGGGUAGAUCAAUUGACCUGAACAGACUCAUUACUCAGCGCAUCUCUGCCGCCAUGUACAAAUCCUUGGACCAGGCCAUCAGCCGCUUUGAGAGUGAGGACCUGACCUCCAUAGUGGAGCUGGAGUGGCUGCUGGAGAUCAACCGGCUCACGCACCGGCUGCUGUGCAAGCACAUGACCCUGGACAGCUUCGACGCCAUGUUCCGGGAGGCCAACCACAACGUGUCCGCCCCCUACGGCCGCAUCACCCUGCACGUCUUCUGGGAGCUGAACUUCGACUUCCUCCCCAACUACUGCUACAACGGAUCCACCAACCGUUUUGUCCGAACUGCCAUUCCUUUCACCCAAGAACCGCAAAGAGAUAAACCCGCCAACGUCCAGCCUUAUUACCUCUAUGGGUCCAAGCCUCUCAACAUCGCCUACAGCCACAUCUACAGCUCCUACAGGAACUUCGUGGGGCCCCCUCACUUUAAGACCAUCUGCAGACUCCUGGGCUACCAGGGCAUCGCCGUGGUCAUGGAGGAGCUGCUGAAGAUCGUCAAGAGCUUGCUCCAGGGGACCAUUCUCCAGUAUGUGAAAACACUGAUCGAAGUGAUGCCCAAGAUAUGCCGCUUGCCUCGGCAUGAGUAUGGCUCCCCUGGAAUCCUGGAGUUCUUCCACCACCAGCUGAAGGACAUCAUUGAGUAUGCAGAGCUCAAAACAGAUGUGUUCCAGAGCCUGAGGGAAGUGGGCAACGCCAUCCUGUUCUGCCUGCUUAUAGAGCAAGCCCUGUCUCAGGAGGAAGUCUGUGAUUUGCUCCAUGCUGCGCCCUUCCAAAAUAUCUUGCCGCGAGUCUACAUCAAAGAGGGGGAGCGUCUGGAAGUCCGGAUGAAACGCCUGGAAGCCAAGUAUGCCCCGCUUCACCUGGUCCCUCUGAUAGAGCGGCUGGGGACCCCUCAGCAAAUUGCCAUCGCUCGGGAGGGUGACCUGCUGACCAAGGAGCGGCUGUGCUGCGGCCUGUCCAUGUUCGAGGUCAUCCUGACCCGCAUCCGGAGCUACCUGCAGGACCCCAUCUGGCGGGGCCCGCCGCCCACCAACGGUGUCAUGCAUGUGGACGAGUGUGUGGAGUUCCACCGGCUGUGGAGUGCCAUGCAGUUUGUCUACUGCAUCCCCGUGGGGACCAACGAGUUCACAGCUGAGCAAUGUUUUGGUGAUGGCUUGAACUGGGCCGGCUGCUCCAUCAUCGUCCUGCUGGGCCAGCAGCGUCGCUUCGACCUGUUCGACUUCUGCUACCACCUGCUGAAAGUGCAGAGGCAGGACGGGAAGGAUGAAAUCAUUAAGAAUGUGCCGCUGAAAAAAAUGGCAGACAGGAUCAGGAAGUACCAGAUCUUGAACAAUGAGGUUUUUGCCAUCCUGAACAAGUACAUGAAGUCCGUGGAGACAGACAGUUCCACCGUGGAGCACGUGCGCUGCUUCCAGCCACCCAUCCACCAGUCCCUGGCCACCACCUGCUAGGCGGAAGGUCCUGCAAACCCUCAACCUGGAGGAGACCACGCAGCAGGAGAGAGAAAGCCAUGGCCAGCCCUACAAUGGGGUCCGACUGGACAGCGUGUGGGAUGGACCUGGAAGCCAAUAGGAACGUCCCCAAACACAUCUACACUCCCAAGAGGCCUGUGCAUGCUCCUCCCUGACAUCUCCAUGGUGGUUUUGCCCUAGCAUAAAUGAAAACAACACAAAACAAAAAACCAGGGCAUUUGUGCUUUUGUUUUCUCCUUUUUUUCCUCAGCUGUGUUAGGAGCCCUAGUUUCACCCUUUCUCUAUCUCGCAGCCCCACCCCACAUCUGUGGUUGCUUCCCAAGACUUCCUCCCAGAUGGUGACCUCCUACCUAGUGUCCACGUGUGACCUCAAAGCUGAAGUCUCAGAAAUGGAGAAAAGAGUCUGGCCAUCGCCCUAGAAAUCAGCCUCACCGGAUGGUCAUGCCUCCUCUUACUGGCUUCUUCACCUCCUCUGGCUCCCUCCCCCAGUUUUUCCAGGUGGCACCUCCUCCUGCUCUGGACACCAGGGAUUCUACCGCCAGAGUACUCUGGGCCAGGCGCUGAGAGCCCUGGAGAAAGAGGACAGGGUGUCAGCACCAUGGUAGGGGGUGUUGGCUCUGACCUUCCGUGGACUCCAAGCCACAUCCUAACUCUCCUCUCGGGGCUCUCCUAAAACCCACACAUGCGUCCUCAGCUGUAUCCCACUGAGCAGAACUAGGUAGGAAGGUGGUCCGGCCCAGUGUGUGGAAGAGGCAUUUGUGAUUCCGUAGCCCGAGACAGAAAGCUAUUGGAACAUUUCAUCAGCUUGACAGCGAGAUGGUUCCGUUCUUCAUUAAGGAAAUACGUAAUGAUCCCUAAGCCGCACAGGGCGAUGGACACUGGGACUGCAGCAUGGAACAAGUCAGCGAGCAAAUUAGGGGCCACUUCUUUGCACAGAUUGUCAUCAAGAAAAUACUAAGGGGUUAUUUUAAUAGGAGCCAGAAACAUAUUGGGGGUCAAGAAUGUGAGGAAUUCAAAUAAAAUUUGUCAGUGAGCUUUCACUACCAAGAUACACCCACAAAAAGGAGUUGUUUAAGUGAAGCAGGACUGAAUUGUCCUAGAAAUGGAUUCUUGAGACAUUUUAUCUUUUGAUCUCAACUUCCUUAAUGUUCCUUAACUUAGGUUUUGAGGGAUGGGGGUAUCCCACAGGGGCAUAACUACUUCAAAUUUCCCAGACUGAUCCAAAAUCCCUAGCAGAAUCUCCCUCCAGGCGUGGGGGGAGUGGGAAGACGGAAGCCUUUGGAAGUGAAUGUCUCAUUACAGCGCGCACCAUCUCCAAAGGGGGCCUGUGCUCCUGGGCUUGUAAGAAAAUAUAAAGUGAAGUAUUUGAUAUCUCCCACCUCCACCCCCACCCAGGAGGAAAAGAAAAGAGAAAAAAAACAGAACAAUAAUGAUCCCCUCCCUCAGGGUGGAUGGAUGGAAAUGGUUACCAUUAAUCAGGUGGCCCAUUUUAACCCCAUGGGAAGAGCAAGCAGGAGUCCAGAGCAAGAGGUUUGUGUGAACACCGAUGCUCACCAGGGAGGAGGGAGCUGGGGCUCGCCAAGUGUGGUCCAAAGGCCUCCUGCCACGGCCUCCUGAGAUUACCACAUUUAAUGGGCGAUUCCUGGGCUCCGCCUCAAACCCACUAAUUCUGCAUCCCUGGGAGUAAGGUGGAGAGAUCUGAGUUCUGUUGCACAUGGAAGUCGAGGACCACUGCUGUAGAAGUGCUCUCCCCUGCUAGCCUUGGCCUUGGAGCUUCCUCUGAGCCAUGAAAGGAAAUAUUUGUAGGGAAGGAGAGUGGUUCAAAGUGGAAGCUGGCAGAUCUUGUCUGGAAGUGCAGCUUCCUAUUCCGAUAUUUCAGUUUUUCCUCUUGAUGACCACAGAUGUGUCCCAAAUGCAAGAGGGAAAGA